CAUCUGGAAUCCGACGCUUUCCUAGUUUGUCUCAAUCAUGCCCUGAGCACAGAAAAGGAGGAGGUGAUGGGGCUGUGUAUAGGGGAGUUGAAUGAUGACACAAGGAGUGACUCCAAAUUUGCAUAUACUGGAGCUGAAAUGCGCACGGUUGCGGAAAAGGUUGACACCGUCAGAAUUGUUCAUGUUCAUUCUGUCAUCAUCCUCCGACGUUCUGAUAAGAGGAAGGACCGAGUAGAAAUUUCUCCAGAGCAGCUGUCUGCGGCUUCAACGGAGGCAGAGAGGUUGGCCGAACUAACGGGCCGCCCCAUGAGAGUUGUGGGCUGGUAUCAUUCCCAUCCUCAUAUAACUGUUUGGCCUUCACAUGUGGAUGUGCGCACACAAGCCAUGUACCAGAUGAUGGAUCAAGGCUUUGUGGGUCUGAUUUUUUCCUGUUUCAUAGAGGAUAAAAACACAAAGACUGGCCGGGUACUAUACACUUGCUUCCAAUCAAUACAGGCCCAGAAGAGCUCAGACCUUACACACCUGGACUCAGUAACCAAGAUACAUAAUGGCUCAGUGUUUACCAAGAAUCUGUGCAGCCAGAUGUCGGCAGUCAGCGGGCCUCUCCUGCAGUGGUUGGAAGACAGACUGGAGCAAAACCAACAUGGGUUCGUUCUGUCCUCAUUCAUAGAGUUUUGA